AUGACGACGACAUUUUCGGAAGAACUUGAUGAGGAUGAAUACAUGGAGGAGACUUUUUCGGUGCCAAUUGUGCUCGGAGCCGUAAAUAAUGAUACAGCAAUCAACCAAUAUGCUGGAGAUGAUAUGGAGAUGGAAAUCUGCAUGGAUGAACACAAUUCACACCCAGCCCCUCAUUCAAUAAAGUCUCAGGAAGAGCAAGCCGAACAAAAUGAAAACCCUCUUGUUUCGACCAUCCCGCAACGUGUGAAACAGGAGAUUGAGGAACCUGAACCAAUCAAUGAAACUUCAUAUCAAUCAACGACUCUUCCAAUACUUACACGGCCCGUUAUUUCGCAAUUUGUUCAAUCAGCCUCUGACAAUAUGCGAUCUUCUAUUCAAAAUAGCGAAGAACAAACGCCACAGAUUGAGCCACGGGAAUCAACGACAAAUGAUAUCUCUGAAGGUUCUGCCUGUCCAAAUUCAAAAGAGUUUUUGAAUGAGAAUGAAUCGGUGCGGUUUGCAGUAGCAACUACUUUGGUUUCGGAUUCAUCUCCGGCUAAUGACGAAGCUUCUGAUCUGAGACUUUCGAAUGUGAAAUCGAAUCCUGACAGUGAGCCAGGACAACCACUUUCUCAGGUGGAUAAUACCUCCUCAUUGGCCUCUGUUCCCGAUACUGCAACUUUGUCGGAAGAAACUUUCACGUUUCGGGUCGUUCAAAGUAUCAAUGCACAGAGUACAAGAGAAGGCUCAUCCAAUCUUGAGACAAAACCCGAUGUGCCGUGUACAUUUACUGAAGACUCCGAUGAGGAAAUUCGAAAUGAGUUUACUCAACCAUCAGCUCUUCAUCAAGAUCCACAAGCAAUUGCAGCACAAAGAGUUCAAUCGUUGUUGGAAAUGUUUGAAUCGGGAAACGAACAGCCAAUCACUCAGAACAUACACAAUACGGUUCAUUUAUCUCAAGACGCUUCUUUUCCACUGCCCCUUAUUACAGUAGAUGAUGACGAAGAAACGGUGUCCCGUCCCAACAAUCAACAACCAACUGAAGUUAAACUCGUGUUUCGAACAGGAUCACCACCAUUGUUUGCAAUGCCAUUGAUCCCAUCAACAUAUUUUGAUUUUAACCAAAUAAAUUCGGUGCAUCCAGUUGUGACUGCGUCGAACCGAUUGAUCUGGCCUGGCGUUAGGAUUCCAGUGGAUUUAAGAACAUCCGUUGCUAUCCCGAAGAUUCCGGCUGAGGUUUUGGCAAUCAUGGAGGUUGAUGAUCACCAUGAUAGUGACUUUGAUGAUGAACAUUGUAAGGACACAUUUGCUUCAAGACGGCUACGUAAAAUGCGAAAAGGAGAAACAAUGUCUCCCGAAAUAACACAGGAAAACCCUGGUCUGGAUAAUGCACAGUUUGUUCGAAGCUGCAAUGAAGAAGAACGAAAAGAGAUUCGUCGUAUGAAUGAUGCAAAAAGACAACGAAUCGCAACACCUCCGCUGCCUUUGCCACAAGCACGAGCAAACAAUGUUGGGGCUGACGAUUAUGAAGAUGGAGAAUAUCUAGUGGAAUUCUCCGACAAAUAUUCUCAACAUGGACUUGGAGUUGAGCCGUGUGCACGAAAAUUGGAUAGUUGGCCAAAGAAACCGCUGCUGAAAGAAAUGGUAAAAGAACAUCCAUCAUCUGCACGCACUUCGACCCAACAAACUACCGUAUCUCGGUCAGGUGCCCAAUCGAGCUCUACGUUUUUUUUACCACCUCCAAAUUAUCGCUCUCCUCCCACGUUACCAAAUGCUCAACUGAAAAAGCCCCCUAAUCAGCCACCAAGAAAUAGAGAAUCCUUUGAUCGUCGUUUCGGUGAAAGAGGAUCAAUGUAUCAAUCACCAUCCACUUCACAAGGUUUCCCAGGAAAUAGAUAUCCUAAUAUUGACUCGAGUUCACAUCCUGGUUUUUCUGGAGAAUGUGAUUUUUAUCAUGAAAGAUAUCCAAUGGAUAGACGCCUACAUAUGGAUAUGGGGCAACCGAAUGAUGCAGUGCUUCGUCCACCACCAAUGCAAAGAGGAUCUCAUCUGCAGCCUCCAGCUUUUCGUGGUUCAUCGUCGUGGGAUAAUGCACCGAGAGUAGCCGAUUUACCACAAAUAGCUAACAACAUCGAGCCAGAAACAAUUUCAUAUGGUAGAGCGAAUCGUGGUGAUGCUUGGAAUAACCAACCGAAUACGAGACCUCAAAAUCGGAAUGAUUAUCGAUUUGAUUCUUAUGCCGACUCACAAAUGAACCGUGACGAGGGCAAUGCAGCAGUGAGAGUCCGCCGUGAAAUGCGGCUUGAGCAAUCCACUAAUAGCUACGAUCGAGGCGAUUGGCCUUCUCGACCAAAUACACAUCCGCCUUCGUUUCAGCCACCUUCAAGCUCUGGACAUUAUUAUGAAACAAACUAUAGAAGUAAUGGAAGCAAUUGUGCACCUCGUUUCCCAGUCUCACCAUCAGGAAUUACCCACAAUUCUUCAUCUCAUCAUCCUUCGAUCACCCAACGGCAUGAGUUUCCGCCAAUUUCAACCAAUUUUUUAUCAACAGGAAAUCAGCCAACAGCGAAGUCAAUUGAGGCUCAAGCGUCAAGCGCAAAUCAUAUCGAUGAUUGGGAUGAAGCUAUGGAAACCCUCGAAGCUAGUCUUAAUUUCUAUGCUAGUAAUACAGUUUUAGAA